CGCAGAAACAAACUGCUCCUAAAUGUUUCAAAACGUUUUAAAAACGCAAACUUUUGUCCCUCCUCGGCGCCCAUACCUAUGCCAGCCGUUGGUUUAAAUGUGCGGCGCGCUUUGACUGCAACUGUUUUGGUCUUACAAGUGAAAAUAAACUAAGGAUGGCCUCUGCAAAUGAUAAGGGGGCAUUUAAGACCCCAAUAAGAGGCCGGGUGAGGAGUUCUGGGAGCAGCGAAGGUGGGACCCUAGUCAUUAUCCCUGCUUCACCUUUCAUGAAGAAGUUGGGUUGUGGGACUGGAGUCAAUGUUUAUCUUAUGAACAGAGUUGAAAAGACAACCUUAUCUCCAUGGGCUGUAAAGAAGGUAAACAGCAAAUGUGCAUCCCAAGACGUGGCGCUUUACCAGAUGCGUCUGAAUGAAGAGGCAGAGCUCCUAAAAGGAAUAGAUCACCCAAACAUUGUUGGUUUCCGUGCCUUUGCCACAGCAAAAGAUGGCUCAAAGUGUCUGGCUAUGGAAUAUGGAGGCGAGCAGUCCCUCAACGACCUGAUAGAGAAGCGGAGGGAGAAUGGACUGAAAGCUUUUCCUGCUGCCAACAUAGAAAAGGUGGCUCUGCAUGUGGCACGUGGGCUAAAGUACCUUCACAAUGAGAAGCAGCUUCUGCAUGGGGACAUGAAGUCAUGUAACGUGGUGGUCAAAGGUGAUUUUGAGACGAUCAAGAUCUGUGACGUUGGCGUCUCUCUGCAUCUCGACGAGAACAUGAGAGUGUCGGACCCAAAAGCAGAGUACGUCGGCACAGAGCCGUGGAAGCCAAAGGAAGCCCUGGAGGAGGGAGGGGAGAUCACGGAUAAGGCAGACAUCUUCGCCUUUGGUCUGACUGUGUGGGAAAUGAUGACUCUGGCCAUGCCUCACCUGCAGAUGCUUGAUGAUGAAGAGGAUAGCGAGGACGACUCGCUGGAGGAGAGCUUUGAUGAGGACGCCUACUAUGAGCACUUGGGGACGAGGCCGCCGCUGGAUGCUACGUCUCUGGGCAGCUCCUACCGCAGGAUGGUGGAGCUCUUCUGCCUUUGCACUGAGGAAGACCCCAACAAGAGACCUUCAGCAGCGCAGAUUGUCCAGGCCUUAGAGGAAAACACUGUGCUGGACAGAGCACCAUGCGAUGUGAUCGUUAUUGACUGAUGUAAUUACUAUCCUCCUUAUUCAAUACUUUGAAAUUAAUAUUUAAGUGGUGGACGCACCAACAUUUACUAGAGCAAACAUUUUUGGGUCUAUUUGUCUUUUUCUGUGUUCUGUCACCUUUUACUUUAAUUAACUCUGUAUUUGUCACAGUAAACUUCUAGAAAUGUU